GUAAUUUCCUUCAUUUGUUUAUUUUAUUUUUAAUUUUACGGGAUCUCUCUCUUUCUCUCUCUUCACCGAACUUCUCUCUCUCUUCACUCUACAUGGAAAGAGAAAACACCAAAUCCGAGAAAAAUUAAUAGUAUAAAAGAAUAUAAAAGCUCUUAUUCUUUUUUUUUUUGCUUUCUCCGUUUUAAGAAUCAGAGAGAAAGAGAGAGACAGAUAGAGAGAUAGAUAGAGAUAGAGAGAGUUGGCCCAGCGAGAUCGACGACGAUGACGAUCUGAGCUCGCUUUCUUCUCCCAUGGAGUUUCGAUUAUAUUAUUUCGCACUUUGUCUCCUCUCUCUUCGUAUUAACUGUUUCUUAGAUUUUCUCUCUCUCUAGGAAAAAUUCGCUUUCUUAUAAGUAUUUAGUAUUAUUAUCUCGGGAACAUUUAUUUUCAUUUGGUUUUAAAAAUACAAAAUUUGGAUUUUAUUUCUUUAUUGUUCAUUUUCUCAUUUGUGUAUUUUUGUCGCCGAUUUGGGAGUGAGUGUUUUCAAUUAUCCACGCUGUGAGAGAUUUUCUCUGUUCAAAGAGCGAUUAGAGAGGAUGUGGGUCUGAGGUUACGCAUUUGACUGAAUCGAUCCAGCUUCUUCUGUCCUCUUGAUACUGUUCAUCCAUUAAUGGGAGACUAUGGUUUACUCUGAAGGCUUCUUGCACUCGAUGAAGGAUCUCAGUGAAGAUUCCAACAGUUGUAACUGGUCACUGUACUGUGGAGAUAACAAUUUGCCAAACGCGCAGAAUCAGAAUGGUGUCCCGACGACGAGAGCUGCAGCUGAGUCUCACCGCCCUGGAAACGAGAGAGAUUUCCUGAAACAGACAAUGCUUGAGCACGAGGCCGUAUUUAAGAAUCAGGUUCAUGAACUUCACCGUUUGUAUAGAACGCAGAAGAGCUUGAUGGAUGAAGCGAAGGGAAAGAGCUCUGGUGACAACAUAAGCCAGUCUGAACGUACACCGGAGAGUGUAAUCAAACGUGACCUGCCUGGGUUUCUCAUGGGAAGCUCGAUGUGUGGUGAAGGAAGCAGCUCUCAACCUGGCAAUGUUGCUAUGCCAAAUGGGAAUAGUUCGAAGGGAGAGGAAGUGGUCGAGGUUAGACCCGAGAAGGUCAGGAGAAGAAUGAUCGAUCUUCAGCUCCCAGCAGAUGAGUAUCUCGAUGCAGACUGUCGAAACACGAGCUUUCCUCCUUAUGAGCAGUCGAAAGCAGGAAAUGGAGUUGGUGAAAAGAUGUUCAGUGCUUCUCAUCGGAGUGGCUCUUCUGGAUCUUCUUUGGUUAUGAGGAACUCAAAUGGAGUAGCUGACCUGAACGAGCCAGUCCAGUGCCAACUAUCACUACCUACUGUCACUCCUUCCAUGGAUAUUUAUUCUCUUUAUGGAAGUGGCCUUGCACAUGUGCAACGCCAAGGCCAGUGGUUGAAGAAUACAAAUCAAAAUGCAUGGAUGGUUCUACAAGCAGGCAAUGGAAGAAGCACUCCAAGGGACAAGUUAUGCCUGCCUUCUCAUUCGGCACAAGGUCUUUCUAGCAAUGCAUUUCAACCUCUGGGCUAUCCUUCAGCUGAUCACAGGAAGUUACCGGGCGAAAGAGGGUCUUACGAGUGGGAAGCUCGUCAAAGGAAUCCUGAAGCUUCCUAUGAUAGCUAUGUGGAGUCAAGCGUGGCAUCAAAUGCUCCAAGCGUGGCAUCAAAUGCUCCAAGCUUGCAUCAUGGCUACCGCCCUGAAUCCGUCAGACCUUGGAGCCAUUGGAUUUCAUCAUGGGAGAACCAAAGUAGCAGCUCGGUUCAGAGAUCCUUGCCACCUCAAACCAAUCCAUUCUUGAGCUACAAGACACAAGCAAGAGCUGUUUCAAGCUCUGAGAUGAGAAGCCGUGAUUUCGACGGGCAUUACCAAGGAUUCUCAUCAGGGUCGAAGGAAACUGCCAUCAAUCUUCCAUCAGGAAACUUUAACCAUCUUAACAGUCGUCCAACAGGGGCUGUUACAAGUGGUUCUUUGAGGGAGGCGACUUUGAAGCAUCGGAAUCUUGAAAACCUUCAAGGACCAAAGAUGCAGGAGCCCUCUGGUGGGCUCCCCUGGAUAAAACCUAAGCUUCCUACCAAAAAUGGAAUAGCUAACGGCGGUUUGGAUUUGAACGCUUCUGCAAAUCAAUUCAUGGAUGGAAGUGACGCGGGUGGCUACUCGAACAAUGCAUCUCCCCACAACGGUUUGAGGUCUUUCUCAUGUACUAAUGACGCCCACUUGCGGAAGGUUGAAAUGGCCGAUUCACUGAGUAGUAGCAAGAUCCUUGGAUUCCCGUUCUCUCAGAAGCAGUCUAUUCGCGAGGAGCACUCUACUCUUAACCCUUCUUCUGUGUGCAUCAUUGACCAACCGAAGGAAGCAAAGACCUUGGUGAAGAGACACCUCGAUAUCAACCUGCCGUGUGAAGCCUCGGUUUCUGAAGCCAUUGUUUUUGACAAGGCAGAAGGUAAAAAACCUUUCACUAACAGGCACUACAUUGACUUGAAUCUAUGUGCUAGCGAGGAUGAAGAUUUCGGCUUGCGUUUUAAUCCAAGAGUGGAAACAAAAGCAACUAUGUUGAUAGAUUUGGAAGCUCCCCCGGCUCUUGAGAGUGAAGAAGAAGAGGAGAAAUUGCCAGAGAAGAGAGAUGAAGCAACUUGGGGAUCAGAGAAAGGCGAAGCUGGAGACUCUUUGGAUGAACCCAUGAAGGCAGCAGCAGAAGCUCUAGUCACCAUCUCACUGUCUAACCACUGGAGUAAUACUGAUGAAGCUGCUUCCUCUACGACCGAUCCAGUUGCCAAGGACCCGCUCUCUUGGUUUGUGAACACAAUAGCUUCUUGUGGCAGUGACUUAGAGAAAAAGAUUGAUGCUUGUCUGGAAGCCAGAGACUGUGAAGGCUACCGUGAAGAAUGUUCAUCAGGGGAGUUUGAUUACUUCGAGGCAAUGACUCUGAACUUACCGCAGACCAAGGAAGAAGACUACAUGCCAGAGCCUUUAGUCCCGGAGCAUCUGAAUUUCGACGGUGCGGCACCUAUGGGAAUCACAGCUAACAGGCCAAGAAGAGGACAAGCAAGACGAGGAAGAUCAAGGCGGGACUUCCAAAGAGACACUCUCCCUGGGCUUGUUUCUCUGUCUAGGCUCGAAAUAACUGAAGAUCUUCAAGUGUUUGGGGGACUUAUGAGAGCCACAGGCUACAAUUGGAGCUCAGGAGUGACUCGAAGAAGCUCAAACCGAGGAAGGAGACGUCUGGUCAGUAACGUUGACGGAGCUCCGGUUUGCUCGUCUUCGGAGCAGCCAGUGAACAGUAACAGUGUACAAACGGCGGGACUUGAAGAUAGGAGCCUGACGGGAUGGGGAAACGCAACCAGAAGACCAAGGCGACAAAGAUGCCCUGCAGACCCGUUUUGGUCGGCCAACGGUUCUCUGCAGUUUCCCCAAGUCGCCGUAGAAAUCGAAACUCAGCUGAACAAGUACAAGAAAGAUGUGGAGGAGGUUAACAUGAGAACAGGCGGUGAGGGGACUGAUAUGAUGAUGAUGACUGUGAACACCAAGAAUCUGAUAAAUGCUGUGAACUCGCUUCGAGAGUUUGACACAGAGGAAGAAGGUGAUCGACAAGCACACAAACAUAGCGACCUCGCUCCUACGGGAGAUCAAGGAGCGGUCUCUUGA